AUGCAAUGGCCUGGGCUGCGGCCGGCCGACAGCUACGGGCUGCUGACAUUUGUAGUGCUGUCUGUCUUUGCCAUCAGAUCUUCAGUUACCUGCGCAAAAAAACAUCGUCCUGGUUCCCAGAAGCUCAGCUCGCCGUCUCCCAAGGUUCAAGACUACGAUAUCAUUUGGGCCCUGGCGUCGCGGACGAGCAAAGAUCCCUUCGGUGAACAAUCAGGACCAGGAGUAUGCAAGCAUCUCUUGGAUUCUCCCAAGGCUCAGGUCCUUAAACGGAAGCAAUGCAAGCCCGACAUGGGCUUGUCCUUUGUGCCACUCAUGACGGCCUUUGCCUCUGCUGAAGCAGCAGUGACAUUAUAUAUGCACUGGAUUCUUCAAGGAAUAGCAAAUUGUAACAUAACCCCCCGGUACGUGGACGUCCGUUUCGACCCGAGACCCACCAUCGCUGCCAACAGCGUUCUAGGAGUUGAGAUGGGGAAAGAGAGCGCGCACGAGGAAGCGUUGCUGCUUAUUAGCUCCUCACCUUUCUCCAAUACCUCUACCCCGGCCUCCUCCUGGCUGGAUGCACUGGUGCUGGGUGUCCGGUCAGACGCCAUUCAGACUGUCAACACGUCGGCCCUGGUCGGACGGAUACUUUGCUGCUGA